GGGGAACGAGCCACGACAGAACUGGGGUCAAAGGCCGUCGACAACAAAGGCGGUGAUGCUGUGGAGAGGCCAUGGCACACAGCAAGGCGACUUAGAUACUUGGGUUCCAGUGGCCGUAAGCUCCAUUGUAGGGGUGAGAGGCGUCACAGGGCAAUUAGUAGAAGCGCCAUGUGUAUGUUGUACCGUUUAUGGCUUGAGCCACCAUCUUUUUCCUGCGAGUAAUGGAUACGACAACCUAAUAACAUCCAGGGCAGGGAAUGCGAGUGCAUAUGUAUGUUUUUGUCAUGCUUAUGGGCGAAUGUUUGGGAACAGCUAUUGUGUCGCCACAGAUUCAUGGGAGCAAAAUUUCUUCCGAAAAUCACCCUGGCCGAUGCCCAGCCUCUAGGUGUGUUUGCCAGGCAACCAUGAGACUUCCACCAAGAAACCCGUGUGUUUUGUCGGAUGUCAACGGCCAAGGUAGACUUAACACAAUCAGACAUAUGACGCCCCAGCCCGCGCCAUGGGCAAAACGAUGAGGAGCGCGAAUAGGCGGGAUCUUGGGAUUAGCUUAAUUGAGCUAUCCAAAAACCAAUGUGCGAGGUCAAAAUCUGUCAACGGGGGAAAUCCUGUGAUCAAGAUAGAGGGCGAGGACCAUGUUGACUUCCAGAUCAGACUGCAUGAAGACCCAAUAGUAUAGUACGGCCGACAGCGGUCGAGGGUGAACGGGGAAGCUGAACGCCCACUUCAAGGUCCUAUAUGC